AUGACCACCGAUCAAAUAAUAAUUGACGAGCUUGCGACGCUUCUCUUCCUCGGUUUGAGGGAGUGGGGCUUGGGUGGCAAAGUUGACGUGGCCCGAGACGGGGACGAGCAACGUUUGGUGAGUGAUGACUUGGUCGCCCUUGAUGAGAUUGGUGCGCUUGAUAACGUCGAUUGUUGUGCUGUAUCGGAUGGCGAUACCGGCCAAUGUGUCGGAUGUCUGAACCUUGUGCUGAAUCCAUUGGAUGUUGGUGUUGUUGGGGUUGUUGCCGCUGUUGUUGAUGUUGGCGGGUGCGGUGGGGUAAGUGUAGGAGGAGGUGGUGUCACCGUCGAUGCCAAAGUCGUUCAACUUGCCACUACCGCCAUUGGAUUGGGUUUGGGCGGCAAAGUUGGUGUUGGCGGCAUUGUUAAAGUAGUUGUUGAUGAUUGGAAUGUUUGGUUGAGCAGCUGUAAUGUUUCCAAGAUUAUUGAAACUGUUGUUGUUGCUGCCACCACCAUUGUUGGUGCCAUUAGUACUACCAGUCAUGUUGGCAUAGUUGUUGAAACUACCAUUGUUGCUUCCCCCUCCAUUACUGGUGUUGAAGUUAAAGUUGUUAUUGGUGCUGCUACUACUAGUAGUGCUACCAAAGUUGGGAUAGUUGAUAAAGGAGGAGGAGAAACCGUGCGACGAGGGAGAGAAGGAGUUGGUUGGAGGAGAGGUAGAGAGCUUUUGGUUGCUCUUGGCUUGCAAACAAAUCUUCUUUUGGGUGUGGAGUGCGUCGAUCCAUGCCUCGGUCUGAUCCUGCACGGUCGAGUAGAGGUAAUGGUUACGGGCGCCGUCAUUGAUCACCAAACAGAUACGCUCGCCGUCGUCACUCGACAUUCUACGGAACGAGAUGGCAAUGUCGGCCAAUUGAAAGACACGAUGCACUUGCUUGUCCGACUCGUCGUGGUAGUUGAUCAACGCCGAGAAUGUAAGACGGAAUCGACGCUUCUCCCAGAAACCAAGACGUUUGCCUUGCUUUUUGAGAAUACCUUCGUAGAGAAUACGCUCGGCACCCACAAAACCAAAGUUGAUGUUUUGAUAGAUUGGAUUGUUGCCCAAAACAACCUCUGGCUUUGGAAUCACCAUUGA